GUUAGUUGGAUCCAUGCCCUUAUAGACAAACUAAAAGAGAUAAAAGGAGAGUAACAAGCACAAACUAUCUCAACAAAGCUAUGGCUAAGAGAAGCUCAACAAACCCACGAUUCAUCACGGCUUCUUGAUUCUUGGGUUUUUCCCUUUCCGCAGCUUUCCGCGCACGCCACCUGUUCGACGGAACGCCCUUGUGAUCCCUAGCGUGCCACCGCCGCUGGCGAUCGAGCUCUCUGCACCAUCCACGCCCACCACCUGUUCGACGAAACGCCUCAGCGCCUCUUGGGUCACCGGGUUGGCUCAUGGAACCGGAGAAAGCACCCGGCAGAGGCAGGCUCAUGCUCAGCGACCUCCCCGACGACCUCAUCCGCCGCAUCAUGUCCUUCCUCUACGCGCGCCAAGCCGUGCGGACGUGCGUGCUGUCCCGGCGCUGGCGCGACCUCUGGCGCUCCCUCACCCGCAUCAACGCCGACUUCUGCGAGUUCAAGGGGGACACCAGGACAUGGGUGGGGGACAAGGCGCGGUUCGAGAAGUUCCUCAACGCUCUACUGUUGCGCCGUGACCCCGUCCUAUUGGUGGACAAGUUCUGGCUCAGAUGCCCCAGCUGCAGCUUCGGGGUUUACUCAUUAGAUGCUAACCUGUGGAUCAGCCAUGUGUUACAGUUGCAAGCCCCGGUUCUGGAUGUUCGCGCAGUGGGCAUCAGCCGUCUCAAUCAGGCAGUAUUUACCUCCCAGUACUUGAGAAGAUUGGCCCUCUCCUCGGUUGUUUUGUCCAAAGGUUUCUUCAAUCAACUCAAGAUGCGCUGCCCGGAAUUGGAAUGUCUCUUCUUGCGAGACUGCCAUAUUCACGAUCAUCACAUCUCCUCCCAGACACUGAAGAUCCUCACAAUCAAUAUCUCUGAUUUCAGUUUCGUUGACAAGUACGAUUGCUGCAUUUCCACUCCGAGCGUCACUGCUCUGACAUUGUUUGGUCCGAAAGGGCGGGUACCUUUGCUACAGGACAUGGCAUCACUAGUGUCUGCUUCAGUUUAUCUUGCCAAUGAUUUCAGUAAUUUUGGUACUGCUGGUGAUGUCCAUCGGUUGCUCACAAGCUUAUCUGGUGUCAAAUAUUUGGCCUUGGAUUUUGAUGGGGUAAAUGAGGUGCAGAUAACAAAUGAAAACAAUAUACAAUGGUGUCCAGAAUUCAUUGAUCUUGUAAGCCUGACUCUGGGUUCGUGGUGUCUGGAGUCAAACUUCUAUGGACUGACUGUCUUCCUUCAGAACUCACCGAAACUGGAGAAGCUGACAUUGAAACUCAAUAAAGUUCAUACUCGAAGAAUCGUUGGCAAGCUUAAAGAAAAAUCAUUUACUUGUGAACGCCUUAAGGUUGUUGAAGUCAUAUGCAUUGGGGAUGAUCCUCUGGUGAACUGCGUGGAAGAAUUCUUUUUCAACAGCGGCAUGACCUCUCUUCAGAUUAGAAUCAACCACCUGGACGGCUACGAGCUUUAUGAACCUAGGUUAUACAGAGAUGAGUACAGGCGUCGACAGUACAUGGGUUAAUUUGCAUUGUCACCAUUCAAUCUCUCCAUUUGUAGGAUGAACCUACAUGCAUUUCAUCCAGCGAAUUUAAAAGGCACAUAGAUAUUUUUACUGCUCUUGUUUUUGGUGAUAUGACUUGAGGACAAACAGUUGUCUUGAGUUUUUGACGAGAUGAGUAGAGGAAUCAAAGGAUUAUGCAUUAACGUCGUAA